AUGGGUACUUAUGAUACUGGUGUCUACAGAGUUCAUCAAUUUAGAGCUUAUAAUAACAAUUUUGAGCCUGCCUGUCAGCUUUCUCCCUUUGACCAUACUUAUCAUAAGCAGGGUCAAGAUUUAGGAAACACUACUAAUGAUCUAUUACUUGGAAUUUGGGACAUAUUAAAAUUUCAGGCUAAGUGGUUAGAAGAAGAGUUGGAAUAUUUCAAAGACAAUUCACUGUCUCAGGAGGAUCUAAAUAGACAGACAGAGGAUAUUAGAAAUAUAGUAAGUCGUGCUGGUCGAGUAAUAGAAGAUCAGAAUAUUGAAAUAUUGGAAAGAUUUAGUGGGUUUAAGAGAGAAAUCGAAAAGAUAUUUAAUGAGAAAAAUUUGGAUAGAAAAUUUGAACAAACUGAGAGAGUGAUUAGAGAUUGUAUAGAUGAUGUCGAGUACAGGAUAUCUAAACUAGAAAGAAUGGGAAGGGAUAUAUUGGAAGAAGUAAGAAAUUCCAGUGGAAAAACAGAUGUGGAGAAAUUAGUACUGGAAAACAAUCGAAUACUGAGAAAGUUGGAUGAAGAAAAGUUGGCCACUCAGAGGGAUAUUAGAAACAUUAGAAUUCCAGGAUUAGAGCAACUGGUAAGAAGAGAAGAUUUGAAAGAUUUGGAAAGGCAGAUAGAUCCUAGAACUUUAGUAAGAAAAAUUGACCUGAAACAAGAACAUAUCUUACAGCAGCUUGAAGAAAAUAAUAGGAUACUUAAAAAUUUUGAUACUAUAGAGUUGGAACAAAUUAUUAGAAAACAAACAAGAGAACUGGAAGAGAUCCGCAAUGAAAUAUCAAGAAAAAUUGAUAGGAUUCCUGUGGAUUCAUCUAUUCAAAGAGAAUUAGAAAAAGCUCAAGAACAACUGCGUAAAAUAUCCCAACUCGUAGGAGCAGAUUCCAGGAGAUUCUGA